GCAGCUCCCCUAAGACCGUAGUUUAAGCAGUGAUCGACGGUUUUUCGGCCAGAAAUUUAUUGCGGGAGACAGAUGGCGUACUGUCGUUCGAAGAUGAUUGGGGCCCCACUUCCUCUGGCCUCCUGUGGAAAGGACUUAAUUGACCCACCGGUGAUUGUAUCAACAACCAAGACAAGAGUUCUCCUUCCUCUUCAGCAGGUGAGAAACAAUUUAGAGCAGAAGUUGCAGAAGCCGGAAACCAAUUGUAUUUCGCGAAGAGAUACAAUGCUUUGUAUGACAGCUAAAAUUCUGAGUGGGGUUGCUCUUCUCUCAGCAGACCCUGCUGAAGCUCGUGUUCAGAAACUUGAGAGGAAGAGAAAAAUCAUGGAGAAGCUCGAGAAGCUUAGGGAGAAAGCUGGGGUAUCAAAGCCAAAGAUUGAGAAUGGGAAACAGACACCUCUGCCACCAAAGCGUCCCGCGAAUCCUCAACAAGGUUCUGUUCAACCUCUGGUGGAAUCAAUCCUCCCCUAGUGAGAAAUCACAACAUCAAAUGUUCGUUUUUUAACAUAUUUCAAAUGAAGAUUUUCAUUAAUUUUAGUUUAUUUAGAAUCAUAUUGUUGUUUAUGAAAAUGAGUUUUGGGUUAACAUAUUUACUCUAUUUGUAGAAAAGCCCUUGAAAUCAAAGACCAAAUUUUUAAUCUGAGUUGAAUUAGUAAAUCUUCUUGAAGAA